AUGUCUAGUGAAAGUGAAAAAUCUAAGUGUGAACUUUUAUUUUCGACAAAAAUAACUAAACCAAACAAAAAAUUUAAAAAUGAUCGAUGUGGCAAUAUUAAAUCAUUUUUUCAUAUAAAAGACCGAAAAACAGAAAAUCCUGAUUCUGAUAAACAGAUUCAUAUGACAUCAAUGAGUGAGAUUUUAUUAACUGACACUCCAACUGCAGAAAAUUCGCCUGAAGCUUAUGAAGACCCUACAAGUGUAGAAAAGGAUAACCUAUUGUAUUUGGAAAAUUGUGAAUCUACUCAAUUACAUCUUUUGGAGGAGAAUACUUCUGAAGAUUUUUUUGAAUUAUCAGCAGCCUCAACUUGGAAAAAUGAUCCCUUCCUGUUAACAAAAAUUAAGCAUUUUACACCAGAAAUUAUAAGUAUGAUUGUAGAAUGGGGACCGUGUCAGCCAACUUGUGAUGUUAUACCAAAUAAAGAAUUUUUAAAAGACAAAGAUGGACGGCAUUUUCAUGCAGAAUGGUACUACAGAACUCAUACAGAUGGAACUAAAACAAGAAGAAACUGGAAAAAAACCGUUAAAGCUUGGGUAAAAGUUGGAUUUUCUCACUGGAAGAAUAUGGGCAUUGCAAUAGUUAACCAUGAAACAACUAAUGCUCAUAUUGAAGCUUCAUUAAAAAUGAGGUUAAGGGAAUCUGUUUUACCCUUAAUUCCAUCCUUAGAAGUAAACCGAAAAUCAAGUGUAGCUCUUAAUAGGGAAAUUGUGAAACAACUAAUAGAUAUAACAGUCUUUUUGGGACGCCAUUGUUUGCCUUUUAGAGGGCAUAGAGAACGCUGGACUGAUCAACUCAAAGGUAAUUUCAAAGACUUGGUACUUCUGUUAUCUGAACAUUCGCCGGCACUUGCGUCUCAUGUUUCAACUCUUAAAUUAAAAGGUCGUAAAAAUACAUCUUUUAUUUCCUGGGAUCGCCAAAAUAUUUUAAUUGAAUCUGUUUCAGAAUACAUAUCACAAAUUGUUCAAUCUGAUAUUAUUUCAUCAAGAAUAUUCAGUGUUUCACUCGAUUCUACCUUUGAUAUAUCCCGUAAGGAACAGGUUUCUUUUAUCAUAAGGUAUGUUAAUGAAACUAAUGGUACAGUUAUGGAAAGAUUAUUAGCAUUGAGAGAAUCUCCAUGCACUACCGGAGUUCAUCUUUCUGAGUUAAACCUAAUAGCUAGUCAGGCAGUAGGAUCUUGUUCAAAUGCAGUGGAUCUAUUUGGAAAUUUAGAAAAAAUAUUUACUUUUAUCACUGGAAUUUAUCAAACGAUAGAAGAAGUAAGAAAUAGAGACGGAGGAUCCGAUUUCAAACUUGGUGCUGAUUGUAAUGGACUGCUUAACUACCUGACUUCUUAUAGGUUUUUAAUGACAGCUCUUAGUUUUAAAAAAAUAUUUGAAAUACUUGAACCAUUAACCCGUACAUUACAAGCUCGUGACAUAGAUAUUUUAGCAGCGAUGUAUUUAGUUAAUAGUGCUAAAAAGUCCAUAGUGGCACUGAGAACUGAAGAAACAUUUGAAAAUAUUUUGAUAUUAGCUAAAGAAUUUGAUGAUAAAUAUGAGAAUGUGGAAUUUGAGCCAUUGCAGACAACAAGAAAACAUAAAGUUAGAAAAAUGGCCGGGGAAUUAUGUAGUGAUGAAGUUGAACAAAAUCCUAUUCAAAAGUUUAAGGUAGAUACUUAUUUUUUAGCAUUAGAUAUUAUUAAAACACAAAUUAGUCAAAGAUUUACUGAUAAAACUAUUGAAGUAAUGAAAGAUUUUGCUUUAUUAUCAACCAAACGUAUAAAAGAAUUAAAAAAAAACCCUAAAAGCAUUCCUAUAGAUGCAUUUAAGGCUGUUUGUUUGGUAUAUCAUACAUUAUUAAAGUUAGAAGAUGUACGUAUGGAGUAUGAACAGCUUAUAAAUUGUGAUUUAAUUGUUAAUGAAACUUUGCCAUUGUAUUUGCAUCCUAAUUUAAAUUAUUACAAUUCAAGUUUGAGCUCUAACGAUUCAAACAGUGACAAUACUACAUCUGAACAAUUAAAAAGGUGGCAAAAUUCAUCAAGUUUAAUGUGUGUUUUUCAAGAUUUCUGUAAAGCUGGUCUAAAAUCUAUUUUUCCAAGUUUAUUUAUGCUUAUAAAAAUUGGAGUGACUAUUCUAGUAUCAAGCUGUUCCCCAGAGAGAUCUUUUUCCAAAUUAAAAUUAAUAAAAACUCGUUUAAGAAGCACAAUGGGGGAAGAUAGAUUGGAAGAUCUUAUGCGUAUCACCUGUGAAGCUGAUAUACAGUUAGAUUCAGAAACAAUAAUAGAUAACUUUGCUACAAAAUCUACAUUUUACUCUUUACUGUGA